AAUGAAUAAAACCCUAGACUUACUUUAUAGUCCUGAGACAUAUGAAAAAAUUAGAAAUAGUAGGAUUCUCAUAAUAGGAGUUGGUGGAAUAGGUUGUGAAUUGUUGAAAGUAUUGACAAAUAGUGGUUAUAAAACGAUGACUAUUUUGGAUUUAGAUACAAUAGAGGCCACAAAUUUAAAUAGGUAAUUCUAUUUUAGAAAAGAACAUGUUGGCAUGAGCAAAGUACUUAAAUAUACUAUAUAAGGCAUUAGUAGGAAAAGAAAGUGUAAUGAAAAAACAUCCUGAACUAGAUAUUACUGCAAUUCAUGGAUCAAUAUUUGAUGGUAUAUUUAAUACAUAAGACUAGAAAAAUAUGAUGUUGAGUUCUACACUCAAUUUGACUUUGUUUUAUGUGCUUUAGACAAUGCUUAAGCAAGAGAACAUUUGGGAAGAAUGUGUUUAAAAAGUAAUAGAAUAUUAGUGGAUGCAGGAACAGGUGGAUUUAGUGGUCAAGCAAAUGUGAUUAAAAGAUGUAUAAAAUCAUAAAAUUUAUAUAGUUUUACAUCAAUGUAACAAUUGUUAGCCUUCCAAAGGAGCACCUCAAUAUGCUGUUUGUACUAUUAGAGCAAGUCCAUCUUAACCAAUUCAUUGUGUUACUUAUGCUAUGUCUUUGUACAAUUUACUAUUUGGACCCUUGGAUGAAUCAAAUAUGUUGGCAGGUUUAUUGGAUUUGGCUUAAAUUCAAUCAUGUGACAAAAAUGAUUAAGAAUUAUUGAAUGGUUUAGCAAUACGAACAUUCAAUAAAUUAUUUUAUGAUGAAAUCAAACAAGGACUUAAGGGUUAUGCAAAAGAUGAAGAAGCUAAUGCAAUCAAUUAAAAUAAAUAUCCAAUAUCUUAUGAAGAAGGAUUAUAAGAUUCUAAUGUUUAUACAACUAUUGAUUAAUCAAAAAUGGAUGAGGAAGAUGAUAAAAGUAAUAUUUUGAAAUAAAUUUAUUUAGUUUAACCAUUUAAAUAUUAUGUAGAUUAAUUUGUCAAGACUUUUGUUAAAAUCCUAUAGACUCCUGGUGUAGGAUCAUUCAAGUUUGAUAAAGAUGAUUGGGAUAGUGUUAGAUUUGUUGCAGCAACAACAAAUAUUAGAACUUUUAAUUUUACAAAGAAAUUCAAAAACAUUGAUCCAAGAUUGGUUGAAGGAGAUAAAAUGAAAUACUUAAGUGUUAAUGAAGUUAGAUAAAUGGGAGGAAGGAUUAUUCCUGCAAUUGCAAGUACAAAUGCUAUUGCUGCUGCUAUUUAAGUUUCUGAAAGUAAGAAAGUGUUGGAAGAGGAUUGGAAUAAAUUAAGAAUGAAUUGGAUUCAACCUACUUUUGAUAAGAUUGCUCCAACAUAUCUACCAGAGCCAUACAAUACUUGUAAUCAUUGCAGUCCAAAAAAUGUUUAUCUUCAUAUCUAUUGUAAUUUUGAUACAACUAUAUUUGGAAUAAUAGUUGAGUUAGCCAAGAGUUUUGGUUUGAAUGAUUAUGAUAUUAGUGGAUAAUCAGGAACUGUUUAUGGAUUACUAAAUAAAUAAAUAAAGAGAGAUGGAACAAAUGAAAGGAACUAUAAUAAAUUGCUUUCUAAAUUUUAUUAAAGAGAAAGUCCAUAUGCUAAUAUAAUAUUUUCUAUCUUUGAACAAACUUCAGGUAGAAAGUUUUAUUGGUAAAUUGGAUGCAAAUAUGAAUUUAUACUUAUGCACAGAGCUGAUAUUUAAAUUCCUUAAAUUUCAAAAAUCACUAAACUAGAGAGUGCCUUUUAAUAAUUGAAGAAUGUUAAAUUAUAAAAAUAUGGAGAUAUUAAUGAGGCCAGAAUGAGAUUUUUAGAGAUAUAUUCAUUUUGAAA